AUGCUUGAGGCAAGCAAAAUCUACAAAGGAAAGCGGAAAGUCUAUCGAGAUCUAAUCAGGAAGGCAAAAGAAGCCAAAUGGAUAGAGCUCGUUGAUGACUUAGAGAGGGAUCAAUGGGGCCUCGGCUACCAGAUUCACCCCACUACAGAAUGGAACAUUGCUGGCAACAGCGAAAUUGAGUAUUUUACUCAAGGAGAGAUGAAGCGAGCUGUCGGCAAGCUAAAGACAGAUAAAGCUCCUGGUCCCGAUAACAUUCCAGUCGAAGUGAUCAGAGCUAUGGCCAAUGGGGAGGGAGGAGAACUGAUGCGGAGAGUGUACAACAAGCUCCUGCAUACAGGAACUUUUCCAAAAGAAUGGAAGGCCCCGACGUCGCGGAAAUGUUCCCAUCCUGCCCCAUACAAGGGCUACCGGCGCACUUCCAAGCAAACGCUUUCGCUUUACGUUGUGAACGGCCGGAAACUUUAUAUACUGACUUUUUGGAUGGGACGGAAGAGUCGAGGCGGGCGGGCGCAUGGCAAGGGGGUACAACGGGCGGGCGACAAACGAGUUAGGCGGUGGGCGACGAGGGCAACAGACAGGCGGGUGACAGCCUUUCUUAACUGGGCUACCAGCAGCCCCGCAACAAGCAGUGAUCAGGGCGGGCGUGAAACCAUGGGGGUGGCGAAUACGACUAAGGCGAGGCAAGAUGGACAUCGAGCGGAAGAGUGUCCCAUACGGGAGAAACAAGACUCCGACUCCAGCGGCCGUAACACUUUCCUAUUUAGGGCGGUUACUGAUUCAGGACAUGUUCUGGCGGUCCUGAUCGACAAUCAAGAGCAGAAGACUCUGCUGUUGAGGAAGAUGGGAUCUAUAUGUGGCCCGUCGGUUUGGAACAUGAUGAUGGAUGAACUGUUGAUGAGCAUAGAAAAUGUAAAUAUGGAGGUAGUCGCCUAUGCGGAUGAUGUCUUGUGUUUGAUUGAAGGCAUGAGUAGAACCGAAAUUGAAACAAAAGGAACAGAAGUAAGUGCAAUAAUUGAGAACUGGGGUCACAAGGUUGGUGUAGAGGUGUCUGAAGACAAAACGGUGAUGACGUUAAUGAAAGGGAAUCUAUCAAACAUAACACUGGCAAACGUGAGAAUGAGAGGUAAAGUUGUUUGGACGAUGAAAGAGGUACAGUACUUGGGCAUACAUGUCGGAGAACGAAUGAACUUUAGGCCACAUUUGGAAAAAAUGAAUGCAAAGAUAGUUGCCGUGAUGGGCAAAAUGAGAAGGGUCGAGGGCAAAGAGUGUGCUUGUAUGGGUGUCUGCCAUUAUGUAAAACUGUCAGCACUGACGCAAUGUAAGUGCUCAUGA